AUGGAGAAGAAGAAGAUUGCUGCUCCUUCAUCUUCUUCGUCUUUUGACCAUAUUUUUGGUCCCAAAGUAUCUCCUUCGUCUUCUUCACCAACCACUGGAUUGUUCAAAUCCAUCUUCCCACCACCCUCUGCGGUGAUGUUGGGGAGGCAAGUGGACUUUGGAAGUCAAGGUGGACAUAUGAAGUAUCAAUCUCCAAAUGAAAGAGGAGAAAGAAGCAACAAAAAGGAGAAAAAGAGUUACUGUAAUGAGGAAAUAGAGCCACCAUGCAACUUGAGCUCAUCCAUUUACUACGGAGGCCAAGAGAAAUAUUCCUCUACGACGACAACCACCAAAGAUACUUACAAGAAAGACGGAGAGGAAGGCGAUUCCAAAAGUGCAUCAAGAGGAAACUGGUGGGAAGGAUCGCUUUAUUACUAA